AGCGGAAAAACACGUGUUGCUGUCAAUUUCUGUUUUAACUUGUGUUUUUGUUUUCAGCAAAAGUUAAAUUGAUUUAAUUUCUUUAAAUAAUGGAUUCACAAUUUAAGAUAAUUCACCCCGAAAAAUAUCUACGGCAUUACCUUGCUCAAGACCUUCGACCCGACGGAAGAGAUUUUAUGUCCUUUCGACCAGUUAGCAUUAAUGUUUCGUCGAUUAAACAGGCCGACAGUUCCUGCGUUUUCAAGGUCGGAAACACUACUGUAAUUUGUGGAAUUAAAGCGGAACUUAGCGUGCCAAAGGCCUUAACUCCAGAUUGCGGAUACGUGGUAGUAAAUGUAGAUUUACCACCAAUCUGUUCUCCGAAAUUUCGUCCUGGACCUCCGAGUGAAGAAGCUCAGUGCGCUACUAAAAUUGUAGACGAAAUACUGACCAAUUCAUUAAUUUUGGAUUUGAGAGAUCUUUGCAUUUGUAAAGACAAAUUAGUCUGGGUUUUAUAUUGCGAUCUCGUUUGCGUUGAUUAUGAUGGUUCCGUAAUCGAUGUCUGCGUCGGAGCUUUAAUGGCAGCACUCGAUACUUUAAAUUUACCUGAAGUUACAUACGACGCAGAGACAAAACUCACAGUCACGCAUCCAGUGAAUAGAAAUCCUGUUCCUUUGAAAUCCAUCACGGUUUCAACAACAUUCGCUGCUUUUGACGAGCGCAUACUAAUCGUGGAUCCUACAGAGGACGAGGAAAGUUUAUCCCACAGCCGCAUAAGCAUAGCUGUAAAUGCUGACAAUAUGUGUUUCGUUCACAAGUCAGGAGGAAGUCCAAUGGCUGAAAAGCUAGUGACGAAGAGCAUAACGAUGGCAAAAAAGAGAGCAGAAGCAGUGAGGAAAUUGAUAGAAACCGCAACUCUUCCAUUCAAAGAUACCUGACGCGAGUAAAGUUUUUCAUAUUAAAAAUAAAAACCUUUUAUUGCGUAAAUAUUGAUACUUUAUUGAAGGUUUCAGAUUCAUGUAUGCGGUGGUAAUAAAUUAAUACUUAAGCCUA